AAGAUGACUUUGCAUUUCAUCCUUUCGGAUCGAUAAAAAUGUACCAGUUGCGCACUGGAUUCAAUGUAAUCAACAAACCUCACUUCUCUGAAGUAGCUGGCCUUGUGCCAAAAUUAGAAAGAAUUAUAAGUUUAUAUAUUUCGACUCUCCUUCUUAUAGAAGGAUAAAAGAAAAAAAAAGAAAAAUAAGAAAGAAUAAAAAGAAGAAACUCGAAGAAAACAAAACAAUAGAAUGAAUGAUGAAGAAAAUUUAAAACAAGAAUGAAUAAGAAAUUGAAAAUGAUGAUGAUACUAGGAAUAACUUGAAGAUAGAAUCAAAAGAAGAAUUAAACAAGGAAACUGCAAUAGCUGCAUUUCUUGUAGUAGUAGUAGUAGUAGUAGUAGUAGUAGUAGUAGUAGUAGUGGUAGUAGUAAAAAGACGAAGAAGAAGAAGAAGAAGAAGAAGAAGAAGAAGAAGAAGAAGAAGAAGAAGCAGCAGCGUGGAUGAUGAUGCUAAAGACGAUUAGAAAUGCUAUGAAGAAUGAAGAAGAAAAGAAGAAUGAAAACAAACGGCAGAAGACCGAGAACAGGAAGAAUGAAACAAACAAAUAAGAAUAAUAAAAAGAAGUCGUCUGAGGAAAAGGACGGGAAGAAGAAGAAGAAAGAUGCAGAGGAGAAAAGAAAAGACAAAAUGAAAGAAAAAGACUAAGUUGAAAGGGUGGAAGGGAGAGUGGGCUAGAAAACAAUCGGAAAAAGAAGAUAAGAAGUGAUAGGAAGUAGGCACCACUAACACCGCCAAAAACAGAAGUAUUGAAUUAUUCCUUACCAGCACAUACACACAAAUUGUUUUUGGGAAAACUACAUAUGGAAAGGCAUUCUGUGAAGUAUAGAAGAUAUCCCUCCUCAGCAAUUGUUAUCACACGAGAGUUUUACUACAGCAGCAGAUGAGGAUAUUCAUGGCUUCCGUCGUGCGAUAAAAACAAGUGCCAACCGGCAUUAUCAUUAACUUCGUCUAUUUUCUUUCUUCAAUACUUCUUCAUCUGUGGCGAUUAAUUCAUCUUGAACUUGGACAUGAAGCUGAACAUUUGGUCAGACCUCUGCUGGUUCAUUGUAAUACUUGCAUUAAAUUUGCACCUUAUUGAAGGAUAUAAGGAUCAACAAAUAGAACUGUUAAUCAAAGCCAAGAUGAAAUGUAACGAAUUAAUGCAGAAGCAUGAGUAUCCAACUUCGGGUAUAUUCUGUAACAUUACCUUCGACAAUGUUCUAUGCUGGAAUUACACAAGUGCCGGGAGCCUAGCCAGGCAACGCUGUCCCACGUACAUCCACAAGUUCACGGAUAAGAGAUUUGCUACAAGACUUUGUUUACUCAAUGGAAAUUGGAGCCCGAGAGAUGGAUCCGAUGGCAACAUCACAAAAGGUUGGACGAACUUUUCUGAAUGCUUCGACAGAAGUGGAGAGGUGCCUACGUUUGUAAGGGAACACAUGCAAACCUGGCGGAUUAUCUACAAUGUCGGAUACAGCACAUCGCUAUUUUCUUUGCUUGUUGCAAUAUUUAUUAUGAUAUACUUCAGGAAGUUACAUAAUCAUCGCAACACCAUCCACAACAACCUGUUCAUCUCAUUCAUAUUGCGCGCCACUGUUUGUCUUUUAAGAGACAAUUUGUUUAUUCAAGGUGUAGCCUUUGAAUCGGAUUUGGUUAAAAACGAAGACGGACACUUCUAUUUCAACGAAAAUAUUACACAUUGGCAGUGCAAAUUGUUUUACACUUUCUUCUAUUACUCACUACUGGCCAACUACACUUGGAUCUUGGUCGAAGGGCUGUACAUCCAUGCUUUACUCUUCUGGUCUGUAUUCAAUAAGAAACAUAACUUUUACUGUUAUAUUUCAUUUGGAUGGCUUUCCCCGUUUUUCUUUCUGGUUCCAUGGAUUAUUGUCAGAAUCGUGUAUGAAAAUUAUUUCUGCUGGAAUACUCACCCGACGUCAUCAUACUGGAUAUUUCGUUCAGCCAUUAUGGCUUCUAUAAUAGUAAACUUUAUAUUUUAUAUAAAUAUCAUCCGAAUGAUUUUCCAGAAGAUUUACGUAAAUGCCCGACCACAGAUCUCUCAGUAUACACGUUUGGCCAAGUCAACAUUAAUACUCAUUCCACUGUUUGGUGUGCAUUACAUCAUCACAUUGCUUAUUCCAGAGAAGGGUGUCAGCGAUCUCACUAAAAUUGCUAAACUAUACCUUGAUCACAUCUUUAGCUCUUUCCAAGGACUAAUGGUUGCUAUUUUGUUUUGUUUCCUGAAUGAGGAGGUUCAAACUGAAAUCAAGAUGGCCUGGAAACAGAAAAUAGAAAGAAAAAAUUUCCUCCGCUCAAGGACAAUCACAACAUUUUCGUCACUGACUAGAGAACGACAAACAGAUAUUGCCACAAACGACAGCGCCAGAUGCAGUAUACACUCCGAAACACAAUCUCCAAACGUAGGUUUGGAUUGCGCUACAAGUUGGGGAGAACAAUCUUCUACGAAUACCGUCGGAAAUCAAUAUUUAGUCUCCGACGAAGUGGGAAUCAGACGAUCAGAAACAAGUGAAACAUAUGUUUCAAGAAAAGACACAGAAGCUAUGCGUUUAUCUCCAAAAGUUUCACAGAAAUGACUUCAAUUAGAAACCGAACCCUAGACGUUGGCCUAAAUAGUUUCUCGGUCAUUCUUAAUUGCUCGUUUUAGAGAUUGCCAAAUUCUUAUCUUUCCAUUUUUAUUUGGUUAUCAUUUUCCAUUUAUGUCUAUAUAUGCAUUCAUUCUCCAAUUUUUAGUUUUCCUUGUUAAAUAUUUUUCGGUUAAAUGCAAAAUUAAAUUAUAAGUUCUAAAAUAUCUAUGCAGUUCUAGACUUAUGGCGAUAAUUAUAAUUUCUGAAUUGCUAUAACGGUUUAAAGUUAUGAUCGAAUGAAUAGGAAUUUUUAAAGAUUACGUAACUCUCGAGGAUUUACGUUAGUAAUUCAGAGAGAAUGCUGAAUAGAAGAAUUGGUAGAACGCUAAACAAAAGUUGUUUCUUUUUUAUUUUUACAUUCUAGUUUCAAUUUUUAGCGAGUCAGUAUUGUAUCUAUAGAGUGGUGACAAAAAAACUAUUGUUAUUCCGUUAUACUUCCUUACGUUCUGAGUUCAAAUUGAGAUCGACUUUCCCUUGCAUCUCAGAGAUCGGUAGUGGAAGAGCCAGUAAUAUACUAAUAGUGAGCCGAUUAAAUUUGUGAGCUACUGUUAAAUUCAGAAAGGAACAGAGUAAAUCAAAUAUCUUAGUGCUGGGUAACCGUGUUAAUGAUUUUCCUUUACAAUCACGCAGUUUCGGGUUUCCCCUCAGUGCAUGACACCAUGAGCAACGUCAGGUGAAUUCAAUCUUUUGAGUAUAAUUAAGCAGACGGAAUCACCUCCUCUCUUUCACAAAUACUUUUCAACGCCUCUCGCCAUAAUUUUGCUAAAUUAAAUAUAUCAUAUGCACACACACACACACACACACACACACACACACACACACACACACACACACACACACACACACACACACACACACACACAUACACUCGCACACGCACACACACACACACACACACACACACAUAUAUAUAUGUAUGAGCAGCCACAUACACUCUUUAACUUAAACUAUUAUGCACACUCCCACACCCACACAAGUACAUGAUACCUGAACACAGACAAUAUAUAUACACACACACGAAACGCAUUAACACAUGUAAUAUACAUAGACAAAAAUAACUUUUCAAACAUCAAACAUCAUACACAUGCACAUUGUUUGGUCACAGACAUACACACACAUGUGCACACACCACGUGAAAAAAGCACACGUAAACUGCUACACACACACACACACGUUACACAAACAUACGCACACACACUUACAUAUGUCAGAGUCACUCACACCUAUUCCCACCUACACACUUACACACUCACACACACAAUUCUCACAUAGAUACACACGCACGCGUACUUCCUAUUGUUGGGACCACUAGCACUAUUAUUAUCUACCUUUCAUUCUACCUCUUUUUUAUUAUUAUCUCCCUUUCUUUCAACCUCUUUUUUCCCAAUCAUUCGCCAUGCUAGACCGCUAAGCUCUACACGCUUUUUUCUUUCUCUCUCAGUUGAUCUCCUCUUAUUAUUUUCUGUUGAAGAGCGUAGGCUCGAAAUGUAAAAAAACAUUUUCAUUUUUCCUGAGCGUCAAGCUAAUAUACUUGAUUGUUGUUCAUACACCUGUUUUCGUCUUUUGUUUUUCUAUAAAU